UGCCAAGGGCAGUUCUGUCCAAGCCACAAGAAGUUUCCCGGGCUACCAGCUUCCUUUUCAACGUGGGGCAGGAGGAAAAUCUGUCCUAAAACAGAAGUCAGGGAACUUCCUGUUGGUUCAAAUUUCAAACAGAGCUUGUCCUUCAGUCCUCACCCUGGCACUCAGCACAGAGGGAGUGGGAGCGAACUCCAGAAACCCAAGGACAGGGUGCUUUGCUGAGAGCUCAACCAGUGAACUCCUGGCUUCCAGGGUUCUUGCAUCAGGGCAGAAGCAAAGCCCAGGGAAGAAAAGACUCCAGUCAUCCCAGCCACAUCUCCACACAACUGCCACUUGGUGAAAGCACAUAGCCACAAUGGAAUCCAAACCUCAGAAGAGUCCAGGCAAACCAUUUCCAUAUUGUGAAAAUGAAGUGUGCAAAUGGGAAUACUUUAUUAAGUCACCACCGCCCCAGCUUUUCUCCUCAGAAACCUCUUGGAAAAAGCGGUUUUUUGUUCUGUCAAGGAGUGGGGAAAACAGCUUUAAUCUUUCUUAUUACAAAGACCACCAGCACAGAGGUUUCAUUAAAAUUGAUCAAAAUGCUCGUAUAGAAGUUGGCAUAAGUAGCCCCAUAAAAAUGCAAGCUGUACAGAAGAUGUUUAAAUGCCACCCCCACCAGGUGAUGUCCAUCAGAACGGCUAGCAGAGAAUACUUCCUCAUUGGCUCUGACAGGGAGAAGAUUAAAGACUGGGUCUCCUUCAUGUCAUCAUUAUGCCGGGAUAUUAAAGCAGCGCACCCGAAUACAGAGCAGGAGAAAUGCUCAUGGAGCAAUGCCAGGCCCUCUCCAGACCCCAGCCCUCACCUUGGUUCUUCCAGCACAUCGGGGGCUGUCUCCACCUCACCGAGAAACACUUCUCCAGACACGCAUGUCCUGGAAAAAAGUUCUCCAGGACUCAGACAAGCUCAUCUACCACAUGAUUUCUUGCCAGAGACCACGCAAGACACGGAAGAGAGUCAUUAUGUCAGCCCUCGAAGUAUUCUUUUAGAGUUGGAUAAAAUCCUUGCUGCCAAUGAAUCUAAUGAAUCCCUUGUACCUGGUAGUCCAGAACAGGACUCCAAGAGAAUUGAGCAUCAUUAUAUGUCAAUGAAAUCCUGUUUGUUCAAAGACACAACCAACCAGUCUGCUGAGAGCAAAGAGGAAUCCCAGACCAUUCCAGAGACCCAGAAUGGGGAGCAUCAUCUUCAAGAACAAGACUCAGGAAGUGACUCUCGCCUCUCACCUGCCAAAGCAGAAGCCCGGCCCACCAACGACCGGAAGGAGCCGGCCUCCCUAACUGUGGUGCAACUGACUAUAUUAAUCAAUAACAUACCUGACGAGAGCCAUGUGGAGAAGCUGAACAUGUUCCUUCCUCUUUCUGACAUCAUCAAUUAUUUGGCACUCACCGAAGCCGCGGGGCAGAUAUGUGUGGCUCACUGGGAAGGCCCCCGGCGUCUGGGAUGCUUAUUUUUCCACGGAGAUCACAUUUUGGCCGUGAAUGACCUGAAGCCACAUAGCUUGGAGGAGGCCCUCUUGUUUCUCAGACGGUCGGUCCAGAAGGAGAAAGUAAAACUCACCAUCGGCCGGAUCCAAAAUUCAGAGAAAUUCCACGCUAAAGACUGUUGCUGCCCCUUAAAAUACCAAGAUGUUGAACCUUUUCAAUUGUCGGAGCUGGAGAAGGUGCUGAAGAGGAAUCCAGCCAUAAAAAGGGGUCAUCAGAAAAGUACUGAAGAGCAACAUGCUGGGACCCACUGAAGGGGUGAGGAAGGGACGCCGGCUCUGCACUGGGCUCUGCCACUUACUGCUGUGUGACACCAGGCAAGUGAGUGCACCUCUCUGAAUCCCCCCUGUCUGCACCCUAACAAUGAGGAUGACGAUGCCGGUGCUGGCUAUUGCAUCAGACACGUGAAGAGGCCCGUGGGGAACAAGGACUAUGGAACAACACAAUGAACCUGUAAGGCCUCAUCUCAGACUUCGUCCCAAACGCCACAAAUGCAGAUUGGGUAAUUCCCUCAUCAAAAUGUGCCGUGUGUUCUGUGAGGUCAUGGCCCACACAAGCCCUUCUUUGUCAGGGAACAAACAGUUGGGAAUACUUGUUCUGGGAAGGCAAGGCUCUCAGGAGAGAUGGGCUACCACGUGGGCCUCCCCGAACACCUCCUGCUCUUUGUCAUGGCCGGGCUCCAGAAUGCCGAGACAACAUGCAACACACCCACAGGAAAAAUAGUAAAGACAACAAGGGGGGAAAAACCAAAAUAAACUUCAUGCUGAGAUGGAGUGGCCUGUUGGAUUCAACAAUUAUCUUGCUUUUAUUUAAAGAACCAGUAACUGUUAUAGAAGUUAAAGAAGUUUCAGGUUAUCUCCAGCAAAGAUCCGCUUGCUCUCUAAGUAAUAAGAGAACUACUUAGCCCUUCUAUAUUUAGAAGGUCUUAGUUAACCGAGGCAUUCACUAAUUGAUCCUGGAAGGCCAAACAAUCCGAUCUUUUUUCAGAAACAGGAAAACAAAGGCGGAGAGCUAAAGGAUUAAUCCAAUCCGGGAAUGUCAGAACAAAGGGGGCUUCAGAAAAUAUAGGGUGGGUAAAAGUAGGUUUCCAGUUGUUCAUAUGGAAAAUAAGACAAUAAUGAAUUAAUAAUAAUACCAGAAUAAACUGUUUUGCCUACUCACGGCUGGAAACCUACUUUUGCCCACCCUGUAUAUAUAUUCCACUGUGUUGUGAUUUUGCGUGGGAAGAAAUCAAGGCCUCAGAUGUUUCACUCUAUGCUUCCCUCAUGGCUCCUAGUUCCUGACUGUUUAGUGGCAGAACCAAAAAUCCAAAACCAGCUCCAAGAAACAGAUGUCCUGGUCCUCACUUUGUAUUUGCAUUUAGGUAUGAAAAGGCCUUCAGCACACAGAAGGGACAUUCAGAUACAAUCUUCUGUGAGCCAGAUCGUGCAGCCAGUAUUAGCAUUUUUCAUUUGCAUGCCUUGCUAUUUUUUUAAAAGCUAGAGUGGAGUUAAGACUCUCUUUUCCCCCCCAGUUUUAUUGAGAUAUAAUUGGCAUGUAAUACUGUAUUAGUUUAAGGUGUACAACAUAACGAUUUGCUAUAUGUAGACUGAUCUUCUGUUUCUACUUCUAGAAAUGUAUCUGACAGAAAUACACAAUUGCACAAAUAUAUCUGUAAAAUAAUGUUUGUUGUAGCACUGGAGCAUUGUUUGUAAUAAAAAAAUCUUUCAGGGAUUGCUUAAUUACAAUGCUUCACAUAAACGAACACUGAAGAUGUUAAAAGUUUUGUACAUACGGUUUUGGAGAGGUGUUCACAUUAUGUUAAGAAUGAAGAAAGCGACUUCCGCCAAGAUGGAGGCAUAGGUAGAAACACUGUGCUUUCUCACACAACCAAGUUUAGAGACAACAAAAUAUUAGCAACAGAAAACACAGCCAGAACACAGAAAAUUGAACUUUUCAGAAGUCUGACAACAACGAAUUCUUCAGCCUGAUCGGUAAGAAGGGCGAAGCCAGCAGCUGCCGGAGCAGGGCUGCACAGGAAAACUUGGUCAGACGGACUCAGGCGCAUGGAUCCCAGGCAUUGGGUUGCAAGGGUUGGACCCAGUGAGUGACAGGCAGACCCAGCGAGGGCGCAGGGCGGCAGGUUGACUGUGGUCACACAUUCGUGUGCAGAUAGACCAGCAAAGGAGUGAGCAGUGAGACAGGACCAAGCAGGCCCCAGUGGUGGGAAGCAGCAGAGAGGGCCGCCAUUUCCCCGCUCUGACCCCGCCACCACAUACAGUGGCACAACCCAGCGACCUGAGCAGCCCCGCCCUGGUGAACACCUACGGUUCCACUCCUCAUACUUAACAGGCGCAAACAGACCAAAAAUGGCUCAAGAAGAUCUCAGAGCCCCAGAGCGCAUAACUCUAAGCAACGAAGAAAUAGCAAAACUUUCAGAUGCACAGUUCAAAACACUGGUGAUCAGGAUGCUCACAGAACUGGUUGAUUUUAGUCACAAAUUAGAAAAACAUAUGAAGUCUAAAUUAAUUGAAAUGAAGGGAAUUGCACAGGAAACCAAUAGUAAUGGAAAGAAAACUGGGACUCAAAUCAAGGGAGUGAACCAGAAGGAAGAAAAAAAUGACCAAACAGGAAAAUAUGAACAAACAAGAAUUCAAAAAAAUGAGGACAGACUUAGGAACCUCCAGGACAUCUUUAAACACUCCAACAUCUGAAUUAUAGGGGUACCAGAAGGGGGAAAGGAACAGCCACCAGUGGAAAACUUAUUUGAACAAAUAAUAAAGGAGAAUUUCCCCAAUCUGGCAAAGGAAAUAGACUUCCAGGAAAUCCAGGAAGCUCAAAGAGUCCCAAAGAAGUUGGACCCAAGAAGAAACACACCAAGGCACAUCAUCAUUACAUUAGCCAAGAUUAAAAUGAAGGAGAGAAUCCUAGAAGCAGCAAGAGAUAAGGGGACUGUCACCUACAAAGGAAUUCCCAUCAGACUGUCAGCUGAUUUCUCAAAAGAGACCUUACAGGCAAGAAGGGGCUGAAAAGAGGUAUUCCAAGUCAUGAAAUCCAAAGACCUACAACCAAGAUUACUCUAUCCAGCAAAACUUUCAUUUAGAAUGGAAGGACAGAUAAAGUGCUUCUCAGAUAAGAUCAAAUUCAAGUUCAUCAUCACCAAGCCCUUAUUAUAUGAAAUGUUAAAGGGACUUAUCUAAGAAAAAGAAGAUAAAAAAGAUGAACAGUGAAAGGACAGCAAACUCAACAACCACACCUAAAACAAAAGCAAACUAAAAGGACAGCUAGAUCAGGAAUGGAAACAUAGAAAUGAAGAUCACAUGGAGGGUUAGCAACAGGGGAGUGGGAGGAGGAGAAGGGAGAGAAGGUAUGGAAAAUAAGUAGCAUAGACGGUAGGUAGAAAAUAGAUGGGGGGGCAAGAAUAGUAUGGGAAAUAUAGAAUCUAAAGAACUUGAGACACA